GCUGAGGCGGCUCCGGCCGGGGCAGGGGCCGGGCAGCGCGGAGAGCGGGAGCGGGGCGAGCCCAUGGCUGCUGGCGGCGGCUGCUGAGCCGAGCCGCCGCCGCCGCCGCCGCCGCCUCUCGGAGCAGCCCGGAGCCCGCCCGGGGGUCCCGGGGGCACGGGCCGGCGGGGGCCCCGGGCCGGGGGACAAUGAAGCUCCUGAAGCCGACCUGGGUCAAUCACAAUGGAAAGCCAAUAUUUUCAGUUGAUAUUCACCCAGAUGGGACCAAGUUUGCAACUGGAGGACAAGGACAGGAUUCUGGGAAGGUGGUGAUCUGGAGUAUGGCUCCCGUCCUCAAAGAGGAAGAUGAAAAGAAUGAAAAUAUUCCCAAGAUGCUUUGUCAGAUGGACAAUCACUUAGCCUGCGUGAACUGUGUGCGGUGGUCAAACAAUGGCGUUUAUUUGGCUUCAGGGGGCGAUGACAAACUGAUCAUGGUGUGGAAACGAGCUGCGUACAUUGGACCUAGCACUGUGUUUGGUUCCAGUAGUAAACUUGCUAAUGUAGAACAGUGGAGAUGUGUUUCAAUUCUCAGAAGUCAUUCAGGGGAUGUCAUGGAUGUGGCAUGGUCUCCUCAUGAUGCCUGGCUGGCCUCCUGCAGUGUGGAUAACACCGUUGUCAUCUGGAAUGCUGUCAAAUUCCCAGAAAUUCUUGCCACUCUGAAGGGACACUCUGGCUUGGUGAAGGGAUUGACCUGGGAUCCUGUUGGGAAAUAUAUAGCCUCUCAGGCUGAUGAUCGAAGCUUGAAGGUGUGGCGGACCAUGGACUGGCAGUUAGAAACCAGCAUCACAAAACCAUUUGAUGAGUGUGGAGGGACAACACAUGUUCUGCGUCUCAGCUGGUCGCCUGAUGGACACUAUCUGGUUUCUGCUCAUGCUAUGAAUAAUUCUGGACCUACUGCUCAGAUCAUUGAGAGAGAUGGAUGGAAAACCAACAUGGAUUUUGUAGGGCACCGCAAGGCAGUGACCGUCGUGAAAUUCAAUCCAAAAAUCUUUAAAAAGAAACAAAAGAAUGGGAGCUCCACCAAGCCAAGCUGUCCCUAUUGCUGCUGUGCUGUCGGCAGUAAGGAUCGGUCCCUCUCUGUCUGGCUCACAUGUCUGAAACGACCUUUAGUUGUCAUACAUGAGCUGUUUGACAAGUCUAUCAUGGACAUCUCAUGGACCUUAAAUGGACUUGGGAUCUUGGUGUGUUCCAUGGACGGAUCAGUGGCCUUUUUGGACUUUUCCCAGGAUGAACUUGGAGAUCCACUUAGUGAGGAGGAGAAGAGCAACAUUCAUCAGUCCACCUAUGGUAAAAGCUUAGCGAUAAUGACUGAGGCUCAGUUGUCUACUACCAUUAUUGAGAAUCCAGAGAUGCUGAAGUAUCAACAGAGACAGCAACAGCAGCAGAUGGAGCAGAAGAAUGCAGCAAUACGGGAAGCAGCAGGGACUGCAACGGCAGCUCCCAAAGUGGCAAGCAUGGUUAAUGGUGAGAGUUUGGAGGACAUUAGAAAGAAUCUUUUAAAGAAACAAGUUGAAACACGGACUGCAGAUGGCCGGAGGCGGAUCACACCUCUCUGCAUAGCUCAGCUGGACACUGGGGAUUUUUCAACAGCAUUCUUCAAUAGUAUCCCGAUAUCUGGAUCUCUGGCUGGCUCAAUGAUGUCUUCUCAAAGUAAUCAGCAACUGAUGUCAUUAGAUUCCAAUGCAACCAAUUCCCUCUGCACUUCAAAGCCUUCUCUAGAACCACUGGCAGCCAGUAUAAAACCAACAGAUGACACAAUCAAUAAAGAUGGUGUAAAUGCUACCUCUGCUUCAGCUGCUCCCCCUGUAUCAUCUUCCUCUGUGCUAACAACUCCAUCUAAGAUCGAACCAAUGAAAGCAUUUGACUCGAGAUUCACAGAACGGUCCAAAGCCACCUCAGGGACUUCUGCUGUAAUAAAUACAAAUCAGACUGCCAUAGACAGAUUGAAAGAUCAGAAUUUAAUUAAAGAGAAUAAGCCCAAGGAUAUCCUGGAGAGCAGCAGUGACAGUGAGGAGAAGAUUCCAGCUACUAAACCGCUGUCACUGCCCAAGCGUAAACUAGAACUUGAGGCAGAAACAGUAGAAAAGAAGAAAAAAGGCAGGCCUCGAAAGGACUCCAGACUCGUACCUGUGACUUUAACUGUUCAGUCCCCAGCUGCACUGGCCUCUGAGAAGGAUGCCACUUGCAUCUCUGCACCAGCAUUAGCACUUAAACUGCCAACCCCAAUCCCACAGAAAUCGUUUACAUUGCAAGUAAGUUCAGAUCCCUGCAUGUACAUUGAGGUGGAGAAUGAGAUGACCACAGUGGGAGGUUCCAAGCUGAGCAGGUUAAAGUGUAAUCGGGAAGGCAAAGAAUGGGAGACAGUCCUCACCAGUCGAAUUCUUACUGCAGCUGGAAGCUGUGAUGUGGUGAGUGUAGCCUGUGAGAAGAGGACCUUAUCUGUAUUUUCAGCUUGUGGUCGUCGCCUUCUCCCACCUAUUAUAUUGCAUUCGCCUAUCUCCGCUUUACAUUGCACAGGUUCCUACGUCAUGGCUCUCACCACUAUUGCUACGCUGUCUGUGUGGGAUGUUCAUAAACAGUCAGUGGUUGUCAAAGACGAGUCUCUGCAAACAAUAUUAGCAGGAAGUGAUACCUCUGUCUCUCAAAUUUUGCUGACUCAGCAUGGUAUACCAGUAAUGAGCCUGUCUGAUGGAAAGGCAUAUUGUUUUAAUCCUUCUCUUUCUACAUGGAAUCUUGUCUCUGACAAACAGGACUCCUUAGCACAAUGUGCAGACUACAGGAAUAGUUUACCAUCCCAAGAAGCCAUGCUGUGUUCAGGACCCUUAGCCAUAAUACAGGGACGAACAUCAAAUUCAGGAAGGCAAGCUGCAAGACUGUUCUCCAUGCCUCAUUUAGUACAACAAGAAACAACACUGGCUUACCUGGAGAAUCAGAUAGCAGCGGCACUUAUGUUACAAUCCAGUCAUGAAUACCGCCAUUGGCUCCUUAUCUAUGCACGGUACCUAGUUAAUGAAGGGUUUGAAUAUCGCCUGCGAGAAUUAUGCAAGGAUUUACUGGGUCCAGUCCAUUACUCAGCUGGAAGUCAGUGGGAAUCAACAGUUGUGGGUUUACGAAAGAGAGAGCUACUGAAAGAACUGCUUCCUGUCAUCGGACAGAACCUCCGUUUCCAGAGGCUUUUCACAGAAUAUCAAGAGCAGCUAGACAUCUUGAGAGACAAAUAGUAUUUCCCCAGAUUUUCCCUGAAGGGCCUGGUCUAAGGGAAACUGCUGAACAGCAUUAACCAGAGACAGAAGAGGAGAGAGCCCGGCCAGAAUGGGACACUCUUGAAAGGAGCAGUACCAGAAUGGCCCCACAUGUUUCAUGAGUGAUAAGCUUUAAUUUCUAAAGAAGCUCACAAAGGCAUAUGUGGAAAUGAGUGGAGGAGCUGGACCUGUUUUCCAAGUGGAAUUUGAACAUCAAAGCUGUGGCCUGUGUUCCUACAGAAGGUUGUGGAUCUGUACUUCAGAGGUUCCUUUUGGGUCUGGAUCUCAUUGUGAUAUCAAGGAGACUAGCUGAGAACAGUUGGGGGAUUUUUUGGCUGUCCUGUGAAAAGCACAGUACUUCAGAGUACACUGAGCAGCAUAUUAACCCUGUUCAGGGUUUCUUGCCUGAGGAUUGAUUGAGGCUCAACACUAUAUUGAAUUAGAUGAAUGAGCCAUAUAAAAAGAAAUUUCAUAAAAUAUUAAGGUAUUAUGCAGCCAAUAGACUCAAACCUGUGAAUAUAAUUAUAAGAGGCUGUUCUAACACAAGGACUAUUUUUGUACUAGAAUUUGCUAACUUGUAAUAUGGAAUUUUAUUUGGCCAAUAAUCAGGAUUUCCCUACAAGUAACCUUGUAGGAAAUUUAACUCUAAUUAUGACAGCUAUGUUGCUGAAUAAUUGUACCAAAAUUAACCUGUCAUCAUCUGGUUUUUAAUUUUUAACUGUUUGUAAAGAAGAGAUUUUUGGGGGUGGGGGGAAUCAAAGAGGGUGGCUCUUUUUGUAUGUACAAAAAUAAAUGAACACUGAAUUGGAUUAAAAAAAAGAUGGUCUUGCUCUGGAUAGUCAUGUCUUCUUGUAGCAGCAUUAAACAGUAAUACAGGUUGAAUCAUGUUAAACAUGUAUAGAAAUCAAUAUUGAACUAAUGUUAUCUGGGUGAUCUUUUCUCUCCAAGUUCCAGAGUACUACAUCUUAAUACUGAUUUUACUGUUGUGAUCUAGAACUUUGUUUUUGUAACUACUACUACUUCAGGAAGUGUCCCAAUGGGUACUCUACUUGACGUGUGCAUGUGCACCUUCAUUCGGAAGAUUUCAGUGGCAAUACCUGUUCGUCUUGUGCAUGCACCAUAUGCAUCCUUGUGUCCCAUACCAAGGAUAUAUAGGCAAGAUACUACCAAUUCUAAGCACUUGACUAAGAAGGCAGUAUGCUCUUUGUCUUCCACUGCCUCAUCGGUACCUAGACCAUCAGUACAACUGAAACAGUGAUUCCAGCCUUCGGUACCUCACACCUCUAUGGCUGGGACUCACCAGGUCACUCUGUUGGCUCACCCAAUACCACAAGAGUUCAGGUUCUCAAAGGCAGUCCUGCUUAUUUCCGAGCAGGCUGAGUCUCCUCUGAGUUCAAGACCUCUGGUACCACAACCAAUUUUAUCCCCACUAUUCCACCUUUCUCCAGGACCACCUGCCUCCUCAGUACUCGACAACAACUUUCUGAAAGAUGGCUGAUUACUCCUCCAUCCCCCCACUCCAUCAGACUAUGAAAGGGAGUUCUUCAGACUCCCAGAUUUCUGUGCAGGGUUCUGCUGACUGCCUACCUACAUUUGUUUAGCCAGAACCAUGACUGUUUAAGAACAUUUCCAGGCUUCUACCAUAAAAGCCCGCCAAACAUCCACUUGGUACUACUAACCCUGGAUGCGCCCGCCAUUCUCAUAUGGUUCUCCCCAGUGUGCAUACUGGGAUCCAUGGGCUAUUUUCCAGCAACUGUUUUCUGAAGUGCACACUGCUCAUGAGGAUCAUCCCAGGGAGCAUUUUUCAGCUCCUUCUGUUUCUCCUAAACAAUCUCCAAUGAGGACACAUUUGAGGACCAGGAAAGGAGAGCUGUCGAGGAGGCUACUCCAUAUUCUAAUAUUUCUUCUUCUUCCCCAUUUGAAGUUGUCAUCCCCUUCGCCGUCUCACGAUGAUUUCAGAUAAUUUCAAGAUCUGAUGAAGAGGGCAGCAGACACCCUUCAGAUCCCAUUAGAAGAAGUGCAGGAGACACAGCACAAAUGGCUUGACAUCUUUGUAUGCACUAUUGUCAGCCCGGGUAGUCCUCCCUAUAAAUGAAGCACUAUUAGAAUCUGCCAAGUCUAUCUGGCAGAUUCCAGCUACUGCACUCCCUGUCAGGUAAAAGACCAUUGAAAAAGUAUUGUCCCAGCUAGGGGCUUGAGUUUUUAUUUUCCCACCCCACACCAUCUAUUUUAGAGGUUAAAAAAAACCUCUUGCUCCAUUUCUCUGGGUCCUCUAAAGCAGUGGUUCUCAACAAGGGGUACAUGCAUCCCUGGGAGUAUACACAGGUCUUCUAGGGGAUACAUCAACUCAUCUAGAUAUUGGCCUAGUUUUACAACAGGGUACGUAAAAAGCACUAGUGAAGUCAGUACAAACUAAAAUUUCAUACAGACAAUGACUUGUUUAUACUGCUCUAUAUACUAUACACUGAAAUGUAAGUACAAUAUUUAUAUUCCAAUUGAUUUAUGUUAUGUGGUAAAAAGGAGAAAGUAAGUAAUUUUUCAGUAAUAGUGUGCUGAUUUUGAAAGCAAGUAGUUUUUAAGUGAGGUGAAACUAGGGGAUACGCAAGACAAAUCAGACUCCUGAAAGGAAUAGUAGAUUUGACAUUCCUGGUAUUUUUUUGCUUAAAAAAAAUCAAGCAGGGAAAGGUGGGGAAUAAAACCCUUAAGGCCUAAUUUAUACAUGAUAUACGAUCAAAACAGAGUAAAACCAUGAUUUCCCUUUUUAGGUUUCCUUUAAAAAGCAAUUCUGGAACCAUUUUUUGAACCACUGCUACUGUGCUUGUAAGAUUGCUCACUGAGCUCUCAAUAUUUAAUGGCCAUAAUUCUGGCCUGAAGAGCAGGAAGUGGGUGGCUUUCUGUAAAUCGGAUGUAACAUUCAGGUUUUUUUCUAAAAUGCUCGUUGCAUUUUCCCAUGGAUUCACUCUCAAAUACCAGCUCCAAUUCUCAUUCUUGAUUUCUCCCUCUGCAGUUUUUGUAUGUGAGGAAGGAAAGGUGUGCACUGCCCCAUACUCCUUCAAAUAGUUAAAUUAUUUUCAGAUCAUUUUUUAAAUUUUAUUUUUUGACUGCACACUUUUGGAAACUCUGAAGGCUGCUUUAUGCCCAGUGGAACUGCCAUUCACGGAUCUGCCUGAUUACUCAGGAAAAUUUCCUUGCCUGGACUCAUCAUCACAAAUUCAAUGAAAAAGGUGGGUUUGCAGAUUAACAUCAACACAGAACAAAUGUGCAGGUAACUGUAUAUCUGCUAUAGGAAGUCACUGAUGUAAGAACAACAAUGUAAAAAUACAUUGAAAUGGGAAAUUUCCUUUUGUCUAUUUUUGCAUCUUUUGGAAAUCUCUCUGAUCUCUGCAGGCAUUCUUUUGGAGCUUACCUUAGCAGUUGUUGCUACUGGCUGCUAUUAGCCAUAAGAGUAGCUUUUUGUGCAAAAUUACAACUUGGACUUGUGUGGAAAUCAGUAAAGAAAUUAAUAAAUAUGUCUUAAUAUAACUAACCUGAAAAAUUAAAUGGCUAAUUUUCUCCUGUCUGUUAAUGUGUUAAUUUACCUUAAGAUAUGUGCCGAAUGCUCAUUAUUGGGACUUGAGUGUAGGAAUCAAGACAAUAGUCUUCCAAGUGGAAAAAUCUGAACAGAGUCAGUGUUGUGGCAGCAUAUGAAACUAUUUAGAAACAGGAAAUUUAAAGGCUAUAUAUUUGUCAAAACCAAACCUGGAUCUAUACAGCUUUUUAAUUUUGAGGUGUUUAAGAUCCAGAUCUUUAUCCUUUGGCUUAGGUCUGUCUAUGCUAAAGGUCUUACUCAGUAGUGAAGGUGAACCUCUAUGUAGGACAGGUUUACUGCUGAGCCCAGCAUCUGCAGCCUUUACGAAUUCUUGAAACAUAGUUUGAGAGACCGUCAAGUAGUUUGGGCCCAAAACUAAUCAAGUUUUUAUGUUUUAAGGCCUGUUUUCUGAGGUUUAUCAUCACGCUUAAUAGCUUUUAUUAAUCCAAUAUUUGGUUGAAAAAUGGGGAAAAAAUACCCUACAGCUAUGUAGGACUUAAUGUAUUUAAUUCUGAGAGCUAUGCUCACCCUGGCUACCAAUGGGAAAUAAUGGAAUUGGACCUGUGGGAGAAGAAAAUUAGAGGAAGUAAUUCAAUUUUAAGAGUUCCAAUAAUGCAGAGUAAAAAUUAAAUUAACUUUUAAGAGUGCCUCUGUGUCCUUUUAAUUUACUAGAUCACAAUUUUGUACUGUUAGUCAACCACUGAUCAGGGAUUAUCUGAAAUUUGCUGUUACUUUUGUUAAACAAUCUGUAGUUUGAAAAUUAAAAUUUAUGUACAAAAAUGUCAAACAUUUUAAUUUUUAGAUUCAAAAGAUUUUUUGGGAAAUCAAGAAACUGUUUUUAACCCUGAAUGUAACUAUAAAAGUACAAUAAAUGUGACAAACAUGA